UGCCAAGCAGUCGCAUAGCGUUUACUAAAAGGCUACGUCUAACAUUGACUAUUUUUAAAUCAACGUUCUAAACGCUUUUUGGACACGACUCGUCCGGAAAUAAUUAUAUAAUAAUCCGUUAUUCCGUCAGUAUACAUUGGCAUUUCAUUGUCUGCAAUCUAAUUUCAAGGACUCACGGUUUGCCAUGGCUGGAAAGGUUGUAUUACAUUACUUCAAUGGGAGGGGGAAAAUGGAGUCAAUUCGUUGGCUUCUAGCUGUGUCUGGGGUUGAGUUUGAAGAAGUGUUUUUGACAACCCAUGAACAAUAUGAAAAACAUAUCAGUGAUGGAGAUCUCAUGUUUGGGCAGGUCCCUAUGGUGGAAAUAGAUGGAAUGAAGCUGGUUCAAACCAAAGCCAUCUUGAACUAUAUAGCUGGGAAAUACAAUCUUUAUGGGAAGGACCUUAAAGAGCGAGCAAUGAUUGACAUGUAUUCUGAGGGAUUGAGAGAUUUCAUGGAAAUGAUUAUGAUCCUGUGCUUCACACCACCUAUGGAAUUAAAGACAAAGUUGGAGAACAUUCAGGCAAAAGCUACAGGCCGCUACCUCCCUGUGUAUGAGAAGGCACUAUGUGGCUCCCAGUACCUUGUUGGUGACCAGCUCAGCUGUGCAGACAUCCAUUUGCUGGAGGCCACACUGAUGAUGGAGGAAAAAUUCCCUGAGAUUCUCAAACAUUUUCCCAAUGUUGAGGCUUUCCAGGGGAGGAUGAAGGUCCUACCAACCAUCCACAAGUUCCUGCAGCCCAACAGCAUGAGGAAGCCUCAGCCUGAUGAGGUCUACGUCACAACAGUGAAGAAGGUGUUAAACAAGUUGUUUUUAGAAUAGAAGAAUACGAUUGAAAAAACUAAACAUUUAUUGAACUCUUA